AUGAGGCAUAUCAAAACUCUGCCUCCCGCCUUCUCGCAAGAGCCCGCCGGCUCUCAUGAACUAGCAGGUGACGAUGCUUCUCCGCCGCACAUCAAUGACUUCGCUGGUGACGAAGAUGGCAUCAGGUUAGGCUCCUACCAGGAUUGCCAUUAUCUAGCUAGUGGUGUCACCGCAGAGGUGUACCGCUCCGGAGACCGGGCCUUGAAAGUCAUCGUUGAGAUGAGGAAUAUCGAACCACAUAAUCCCUUCCGGGAAGCCAAGAUUCUAUCCGAGCUGAAGAAGCCGUGCAUACCUCUUCUUGAGACAUUUCGUGAUCAGGAGCAGCGCUUCACUUUGGUCUUUCCUUACAUGCCCCUGACGUUAGCCACUCUCUUAGAGAGAGGAUCGCUCACUGGCGCCCAACUCUGCAAUAUAUUCACUGAUGUCUUCAACGCCCUCUCUCAUAUCCACAGCCAAGGUAUUAUACACAGAGACAUCAAGCCGUCCGCAUUCUUGCUUGCCUCGCCUCAUGGCCCGGUCUAUCUCUCUGACUUCGGUACGGCAUGGCACCCCCGGUUGUCAGUUAGCACGGAACCAGCCAACGCAAAGAUUCUUGACAUCGGAACUGGCCCCUACCGCGCACCGGAAGUCCUAUUUGGCAACAAAGCAUACGACAGCGCGGUGGACAUGUGGGGUGCUGGAGUCAUGCUAGCUGACAUCUUCAAGACCAUGGGUUCGCCAACGCGCGAGACAUGGCCGGAGGCGGUGAACUUCAAGACGCCGCCUUUCGAAAUCUACCAAGUCUUUGAGCGCAAGGAGUGGGCUGAGAUCUUGCCCGACGUGGACCCGGAGUGGCGCGAGCUUGUUUCUGCGCUGGUGAGAUAUGACAGCGCCAGAGCGACGGCUGAAAAGGCGUUGGAGUUCCCUUGCCUCAAGUGA